ACUUAAGGGCCGUGACCGGCGCUGCCCCGCGCUCGGGCGGGCCAUGGAGGUGGCACGGGAUUGCGUGGGAUCGCUGCUGCGAUCUUUCAUAUCCAUGGGAGCAUCAGUAGGAGCAGUAACAAAACAGACCCUGUUCCCUCCUCUCAUGCCUGCAGGGCGUCCUUUCCGUGUGUCCAACGCCUCCCGCAGCAGCCGGAAGGGAAUUGUUGCCAGCAGCCUGCAGGAGCUCCUCAGCAAGACUUUGGACGCCUUCGUUAUAACUGCUGGGAUCGUUACUCUGGUUUUGGAGGAAGAUGGCACAGUCGUGGACACAGAAGAGUUCUUCAAGUCCCUGGAUGACAAUACACACUUCAUGGUUCUAGAAAAUGGACAGAAAUGGACACCAACAAAGAAUGGAGUUGUGGCUGUGAGAAAAAAGAAGAAAAUGGGAGUAGCUAACAUCACUUUUGAUCUGUACAAGCUGAACCCUAAGGAUUUUAUUGGCUGCUUAAACAUCAAGGCAACCUUCUAUGAGAUCUACUCUAUCUCAUAUGACAUCAAAUGCAUGGGAGCUAAAAGUGUAUUACGGAAAGUGCUUCAGCUACUAUCCCAUGCAGCACAAAUAGCUGGACAGUUUCUGCUCUAUACUGGAACAUACAUGCUGCAGUUGAUGGGUGAAUAUGAUGAAGAAGAAAUGUGCAUGAGAUCCAGGCGGGAAUAGUGACCACAGCCACGCUCCUAAUGUCGAAUCCUUUGCUCACAGACAUUCUCCUGCCCAGCUCUGAUUGUUGCAAUGUUAUAGCAGGGUGGUGUGCACUAAUGUGAACUAACAUUUUUCCUGUUUGGGUGUGCUUGUAGGCCUUAGUAAUGAAGUGUUGGGUGUUCACAGGCUCUUAACACCACAAAAAGAUGGGUGCCUAAUCUGGCAGAAGGAGAGAGAGGGCAGAUUUUUGUUCCAGAAAUUCAAAAUUAAGAAUAAAUAUACUUGGCAAUUUUAAUACUUUGUAAGCAAUGGAAUAUUUUUUGCACCAAUCAGGACAUUGGAGUUUUUGUGUGGUUAUAUUUGUUUGUUUUUCAUGACUAUCUACUUGCAUUAUGAACAGACUGGGCUGUAAGGUGAGGGCAUGGGGGAGACUGUGGGGUUUGUUUGUUUAUUUGUUAGUUUUAAUCCUUAACAGUGCUGGCAUUAGUGUGAAGCUGACAUUGAGGUGAAGUGUACCUAUUUACUCCUGCUGACAAGGGAACUAGAUAGACUGAAGUUGCACUUACUUCAGUGACUGACUCUUCUCAUGAAGUCUAAUUGGAGAUUGUGCAAACACUAAGCAGAAGGUUAAAAUUUAGCUUUACUUCCCUUGAAACAAAACCUUUUCAUUAUAGUUCUUUAUAAUUUUUUUUUUUUAAUCUUCAGGAUGUUUGGGUUAUUACAGCUCACACAGUGGAAGAACCUGAUACAUUUUUUUUAAUGAAUCUGAUGCCUGGUUCUGCCUGAGCAUUGAACAAUCUGCUGUGAACAUGGCUUAUAAACAACCAGCUGGAGCUUUUUUUUCAGGGUUUAAACCACCACUUCUGCAGUUUUUACUGUUACAAGAUGACCCUAGGUGUCAACUUGGCCUUGAGGUACAUUUAAGAGAUGCUGGAUAUUUUGUUGCCCUUGGGUUCCGGGGGGAGCAGCAGGAUGCUGUCUAGUCUUGCAUAACAUACAUGUAUGCUCUAAAGUGAGAAUUUGUGGGAUUAUGAUCUCCCAAAACAAGCUGUAUUAGAGGACAAAGUAAUGCUUCCUGCAGUUUAUUGAACUGUUGCUGUGCCCAGCUUUCAGUAAGCUUUUCCUCAACAGUGUGAAAAAUUGGAGAACAAGUACCCUUGGGCAUCUUCUGUCAAAAUGCAGACUCAUGUUGGUGAAGGAAAAAAAGCCCAAUUUUGGUUGUUCACAGGUGCAGCUUUUGAGGUUUUUGUUUGCUUGCACAUGAAGAACUUUAGGGAGGCUGAAAGCUCUUAAGGUGACAUCCGAUGCAGGAAAUGUCUGUCCUGACAGUAGGUGUCACCUAGUAAGAGAAGCUCUGGUGCAGAGAGAACAAGGGGGGCACAGAAAUCAGUGGGAGUGAAAGGGAAAGGACCACUAUGGACCCCACAGUUGUUGCCAUGCCUCUGAGACAGGAAUCCAUUAACUGUGUGCACCAACUGCACUGACCUGAUCUGCUAAAAGAGAAGCAGAAAGGUGCAAAAGAUGAAGUAUCAUGGUUGGUGGUAUUUAUUCUGACCUCUUAGCUGGGUCUGUUCACUUCAAAAAGGUCACUGAUACAUAGGAAAUUGCUCUUGCUUUUAGCUGCAAAUCUCACUUCCAUGUGCUUAUUUUUUCCUUCCCACUGUGAGUGUGGCUGUGCCAGUUGGAGCUGCAUCUUUCAGAUCACUGCUGAGAGGAAAGGCAGCCUAAACCCACAAGCUAAAGGGACUGAUGGAUACAAUUUUUGUUUGGUCUCUGCCCAUCUCUUAAGUGAUGGUAUUACAAAUAAAUAGACAGCUAAGAAAAACUUUGUAUUUUUUUCCUAAGCCCUGUUGUUUCCCAUCUACUUCUGAGCAUUUGCUGGAGGAGGCAGAGGGCAUACUGCUCCAGAUAAGGGGAGGACUUGUUCUUUCCUAAUUUCUCACAGAAGAAAAUGCCUGGAGCUUGCAGCACUGUCAGGUGUCCUUCAGAAGAAAACAAUAAACUAUUCUGGGAGUAAUGAGAAAGCUUCCAUUUUGAUAUAACCUCUUUAUGUUUUAUCUGUAUUUUUCUUGACAUCGCCUGCAUAAAUGAUUGUUGCCAUGCUAAUAGUUGGCCAAAGUCUUUCUUUCCCUGUCAAGGAAUUGCAUUUAACUGACUUUACAAGGACACAGUAAUUAAUUUUUUCAGCUUUUAAGGACCACUUAUUCUAUUAAAACAAGCACACCUCUUGAAAGCAAAUUCUCUUAAAUGCUUCUAUGAGUAUUUUUGUUGCCUGUGGUGGGAGCACCAGCAUUAAAAGAAGGUAAAACCACCGGAAUAGCUCAUUGUUGCUUUGUUUGAAUUGCUUCUUCAACAUCUGUAGUACAGAAGUUUGUGCAUGUCUGAACAGUGCAGAUCCCAAAUUCCAGCCUUCUCUAGCCAGAGGCAAUUGUUAGAGGACUAACACACCACAGUUUGCAGUGGCACUAUCUGGGAAUCCAGCAGUGAUCUGAAAAGCUAACCUGCUAUGAAUGUGCAGUGUUUUUAAGCAGCUGCUCCUUUAACAGCUUAAACACUUAAAACUUGAGCUGCUGAAGUUCCUGUGUGCAGCAGUCUCCUUCUUGGAGCAAUUCCUUUUGUUCAGCUGUUUGCAUUUUGAAUUAAAGUAGCUCAGCUUUGAUAUUUUCUCAAAAUGGGAGGAGUGUCCUGGAAGUUGUGUCUAAAAUUGUUUCAUUGCUUCUGCAUCUGGAUCUUUCACAGGCUUAGUAUUUGGAGGUGAUGUUUUCUACUGUACCAACUUCUUUCUGGAAAUAAAGUUUUGGCUUUGAGUCAAACUGGA